AUGGGCAGCACAUCCAGUAGCGAGGAUGGAGGCAGCGCCAAUUUGAUUCUUCGACUGGGGACAUCGAUUCAAGAAGCACUGAGGCCAUCGAGGCAGCAGAUCACCCAGGCUUGGGAAGAAGAGGAUGCAGAGCGAAGCGGCCAUUUGUCCAGGCCGCGUGUUCAGCGUGUGGUCACCCGGCUUCUGGAGGCUCAAUUGGAGGCAGCCAGUGCGGCAGCCUCUCGGGCCAAGCUUCAAGUAGCAAAGGAGCAGGCGAACAUGGAAAAGGCGGGCAGGCGAGAAAGAGCAGAGAUGCGAUCGCUGCCACCAGGAGGAGCAACGCAGGAACACCUGGACCGAUGCACGGCCUUGAUGCUAGGCUGUGCGGCAGGUCCAGUCAUGGCUGGCAUGAUGGCCGGGUACGUGGACGUACCGGUCACCUGCUUGACAGCAAUGCUGCAAGACAAGGAACUCCUGCAACUGCGAGUUGAAGCUCUGUUCAAAAUGCAUGCAGUAGAAGUACCCGAUUCCGCCGGGGCCGAGUCGAAAUUGCGACUGGAGGACUUCCAGCGCUCCUACCUUGGAUAUUUCGACAGGGCCGCAAGUCUGCUCAACGAUGCGUGCACAGUGCCACGGAAUGAGGAGUCACUGCCAUCGACGGCAUCAACAUGUUGCUUGCAAUAG